AGCAAUGGCAAUAUUUCAGAAACCUCUUGUUCCUCUGCUAUUUCAUGUUCUUUUCAUCUCAGUAGUUCCAGAAAUUCUAACAUCAUCACCAAGAACUGAGGCAGAAGCUCUUGUCAAAUGGAAGAACACCUUAUUACCUUCGGCUUCUCUCGAUUCUUGGUCCUUAAGCAACCUCGAAAACCUUUGUAACUGGACUGGCAUUACCUGCAAUACUGCAGGAACAGUUUCAGAGCUCAACAUUUCCGGCCUAAAACUCAAUGGAACAGUUGCUCACUUCGGUUUCUCUUCAUUUCCAAACCUCACUUCCUUGGACAUGAAUACGAACCUGUUAUUCGACAUGAUACCAUCCAAAAUUGGAAAUCUAACACAACUUCAGUACUUGAGUUUUUACGACAACAAUAUAAGUGGUGCAAUUCCUUACCAAAUUAGCCAUCUUCAGAAGCUGCAACAUUUAGAUUUGGGUUCAAAUUACUUGGCUAAUCCAAACUGGUCUAUGUUUCUAGACAUGCCAGUCUUGACGUACCUCAACUUAAACUACAAUGAACUUGCUUUAGAAUUUCCGCGUUUUGUAUUAAGGUUUAGGAAUUUAACUUUUCUUGAUUUGUCAGGGAAUAAGUUGUCAGGUCCGCUGCCAAAAAAUAUUUCCAAGCUUUUCAGGCUAAAAGAACUUCGCCUAGGAAGGAAUAACUUUCAGGGAAGAAUUCCAGGAGAGAUUGGAUAUUUGACAGAGCUUCUGGAAUUAGACUUGUCAGGAAACCAUCUAGAAGGUUCAAUUCCAGCAACAAUAGGAAAGCUGCACAGGUUGGUACUCUUACAGCUGCACUCUAAUAAUCUUAGUGGAACUAUUCCACCUGAGAUUGGAAACUUGGUAGAGCUGGAAACUCUUGAUCUCCAAAAUAAUCAAUUUUAUGGAGUGCUGCCUGAUUCAAUUGCAGACUUAAGUCACUUGAAGUUUCUUUAUCUUCAUUACAAUAGAUUUUCUGGCAGCAUUCCAAAGGACUUGGGAAAAAAGAUUUUCAAUUUGUCCAUUGCUAAAUUUUCCCACAACUACUUCUCCGGCAACUUGCCAGAAGGAUUGUGCAGUGGUUUGGCCCUUGAACAGUUCACAGUUGCGGAAAACAAUUUUUCAGGGGUUUUACCAAGGUGCCUCAGAAACUGCACCAAAUUGAGUAGAGUCCGUCUCAAUAAAAACCAGUUCUCAGGAAAUGUUUCUGAUGCAUUUGGUUUUCAUCCGCAUCUUGAUUUCAUUUCUCUAAGUGACAAUAAGUUUACAGGUGAGCUGUCUUCCCAGUGGGGAAAGUGUACAAAUCUUACAAAUAUAGAAAUGUCACGGAACAAAAUUUCAGGGGCAGUUCCAGCUGAGCUUGGAAACUUAAAGAAUUUGCGAGUUUUGCAGCUGGAGUCUAAUGAGUUGACAGGUGAGAUUCCAAAUGAAAUGGGAAAUUUGAUCCAGUUGUUGAAACUCAACUUGAGCAGUAAUCAUUUGACUGGAGACAUCCCUCAGAGUUUAGGCAAAUUAUCAAAGCUCGCCUAUUUUGAUUUGUCCAAAAACAAGAUGAAGGGAAGCAUACCAAAAGAGCUAGGGAAUUGCGAGAGCUUACUGAGCCUGAACUUUAGCCAGAACAGUUUUUCAGAAGAGAUACCGUCUGAACUUGGCAAUUUGGGUCAGCUGCAAAUUACAUUGGAUCUAAGUAGCAAUUCACUUUCAGGCAUCAUUCCUUCUAACUUGGGAAAACUAAAGGUUUUAGAGAAUUUAAAUCUUUCACACAAUCAGCUCUCUGGUAAAAUUGCCUCCUCACUAUCUACCGAAAUGAUAAGUUUGCAAACUAUUGAUUUAUCUUACAAUAACUUGUCUGGUCCUAUACCCUUGUUCCAACGAAAAGUGGCAAAAGUUCUCAAUGGAAACUCACUUCUGUGUGGGAAUGCUGAAGGAUUGUCCCCAUGUCCGUCUACGUCUUUUGAGUCUUCCAAGUCCAGUAAGAAAGCAAUAAUUGGUGCCAUUAUUGCAGUGGUCAGCCUCUUAGUGUCUGGGACUGUAGUUAUUAUUGGAUGUUUUAUGUGUCAUAAAAAAAUCAAGAGAAGGGACUUGGAGACAAUUAAUUCCGAAAAUUAUGAAUCCCUUAUUUGGGAAAGAGAAGGGAAGUUUACAUUUGGAGAUAUUGUGAAAGCCACUGAAGAUUUCAGUGAAAGGUACUGCAUUGGAAGAGGAGGAUUUGGAACUGUGUAUAAGGCCAAUCUGUUUAAUGGUGACAUUAUAGCAGUAAAAAGGCUUAAUAUAACAGACUCCAGCAGUGCUACAGAAAAUAGUCGAUGGAGCUUUGAGAAUGAGAUUCGAACAUUAACAGAAGUUAGGCACCGUAAUAUUAUCAAACUCCAUGGAUUCUGUUCCAGGGAAAAUUCCCUUUACUUGGCAUAUGAAUUCGUCGAGAAAGGUAGCUUGAGCAAGUUAUUGUAUAGUGAUGAGGGGGCAUCUGCUUUAAGUUGGGAUACCAGAGUGAAAAUUGUUAGAGGAUUGGCUCAUGCACUUUCUUACUUGCAUCAUGAUUGCUCUCCCCCUAUUGUGCAUCGGGACAUAUCACCGAAUAACAUUUUGCUGGAUACAGAAUUGGAGCCGCGGCUCUCAGAUUUUGGCACUGCAAGAUUGUUGAGUACAGACUCAUUAAACUGGACUAAUCCUGCAGGGUCUUAUGGCUACAUGGCACCAGAACUAUCCUUUAGUAUGCUUGCCACAACAAAAUCUGAUGUUUAUAGCUUUGGAGUUGUCGGGUUGGAGGUAAUGAUGGGAAGACACCCUGGCGAGUUCCUUUCGACGUUGUCAAGUGAUCAAUGCUUGACUUUGAAUGAUGUAGUAGUUGACCACCGGCUUCCACCUCCAACAGCAACAAUUGCAGAGGAAGUGAAGUUAGUUGUUGGAGCUGCACUAGCAUGUACGCUUUAUUCACCAGGGGCACGACCUAAUAUGCGUUUUGUUGCGCAACAACUAUCAAGAAGAAAUCAGAUUUAAACUGAUUUUCUAUCUCCUUAAUA